AUGGCAUAUGAUUAUUUUGAUCUGUAUCUACCAUGUGCUUUUAUAUCAACUGUGAUUUCUUUGAUAAAUCUUAUAAGCUAUAGAAGGGUUAAAACAAAAACAAAUAGAAAAGACGCUAGUGACAAAAAAAGUUGCACGUCCAAACAACAAGACUGGAGACACCUCCUUGUCAAUCGGCUCUCACUCUCAGAGCUAAGUAUAGCAAAGCUAGAUGACUCGGAUGGAGAGCGGUCGUACUGUGACAACUGCAAGACGUCAAUAUUUGCCCUCCACAAACACUGUCAGACAUGCAAAUCUGACUUUUGUCUCGCCUGUUGUCGUGACUUUUGUGAUGCGCAGCUUCGAGGUGGUGCUGAUCCGAUUGAGUCACAUGUUACUGCCAAGUUUGGGGUUCACAAACGGCCAAGAUCUAAUUGGGAUGUGGAUAGUGAUGACAUAGUUUUCUGUGAAGGGGUUCUUGAACUGAGAAGCUUCUAUCCUCCAAAUCACAUUACUGAUUUGCUAGAUGAAGCAGAAAAACUUGUAGACAAACACAAGCAUCACAAGCCUAUGAUUGCAGACGAGACUUAUAAGAACUUGCAUUCAUGUUUGAAUCGUAAGGCAGCAUCUCGUGAAGGGUCAAAUGACAACAAUAUAUAUUGCCCGGAGGCUAAAAUUGCAUAUCCUGAGGUUUUACUACAAUUUCAAUGGCACUGGAGAAAAGGGGAGCCAGUAAUUGUCAGGAACCUGCUUGGAGGUGGUACAUUUAGUUCAUUAUUAUGGGAAUCAUCACACAUGAGCCAUGCAAUCAGUCAGAAGCAUGAGACUGUGAAGGCCAUUAAUUGCUUAAGUUUGUGCGAGGAAGAAGUUACAAUCAACCAGUUCUUUACUGAGUACGCUAAUGAUUGCAUGCAUUCAAGUAAACAGCCUCACAUGUUGAAGUUGAAAGAUUGGCCUCCUUCUGAAUCAUUUAAGGAAUGUUUACCUAUUCAUUUUAAGAACUUCGUAUCUUACUUGCCGUAUAAAGAAUACACACAUCCUGUAAGUGGUUCUCUUAACCUUGCCGUGAAGUUGCCUGAUGGUUGUCUGAAGCCAGACAUGGGGCCAAAAGCAUACAUUGCUUAUGGAGUUGCUAAGGAGAUUGGGCGCGGUGAUUCUGUGACAAAGCUCCAUUGUGACAUGUCUGAUGCAGUAAACGUGUUGACUCAUGUUGCUAAAGUGAAAUUGGGUUCUGAGAAUGUUACUGCCAUUGAGAAAUUGAUGCCAAAGAACCUUGAGCAAGACAAGAGGGAAUUACAUGAUAUUCAUCAGGAUGGGGAGGCUAAUGAUGAUGGCACAUCUGGGUCUAAGCUCAAAGAAGUUGAAAAAGGUACAGUGGAGCAAGGAGAUAGUUUAUUGGAUGCAGUGGAUUCUUUGGAUGGUGCUCUCUGGGAUAUUUUUCGAAGAAAGGAUGUACCUAUAUUAGAGGGAUAUUUAUACAAGCAUUUCGGAGAGUUUAGUCAUUUUGACUGCCAUCCUUUAACGAAGGUUACUCACCCCAUCCAUGAUCAGACAUUUUAUCUGACUAUGGAGCAUAAGAAGAAGCUUAAGCAGGAGUGUGGAAUUGAGCCCUGGACCUUCACUCAGAAGCUAGGAGAUGCUGUUUUCAUUCCAGCUGGUUGUCCUCAUCAAGUCAGAAAUCUGAACUCAUGCACCAAGGUUGCACUUGAUUUUGUCUCACCUGAAAAUGUUGGUGAGUGCAUCCGUUUGACAGAAGAAUUCCGCAAACUUCCGAAAAAUCACGGGUCCAACGAGGACAAAUUGCAGGUGAAGAAAAUGAUUAUACAUGCUGUGGACGAUGCAGUCAAAAAGUUGAAAAACUCGACAUGUGCUAGCGGAAAACAAGAAGCAAUUAUUUUGCCUAAUUAG